CUCAACCCGGAAGUGUGCGAGGCGAAAUCUGCCUAGCAACCGGGGAAGCCGGGCUGUGAAGCGGGCAAUUUCAGUGUGAGACUGAGCCGCGAGACUGAGCGGCGGCUCCGAGCGCGGCGCAGCGGCUCCUCCCGCCCAGGGUCAGCGCCCCGGCGCGCGCACGCGCACCCCCGGCGCCCGAGCGCGCCCCGCGCCGCCCGCGCAGUCGGUCGGUCGGUCGUCUGUCCUGUCGCCGCUGCCGCCGCCGCCACCGCGGCCGCCGCGGGCGCCACCUGAGGGAGUCGCCUCCGCGGGACGCCACAGGACCUGACCGGACUGCGCCGCCCGAGGCCGUCCUGUGGCCCGGCCACCGUCGGCGAGGGCGCCGAGCAACUUCGUUCAGAAUGACCGAAGAAGCAUGCCGAACACGGAGUCAGAAACGAGCGCUUGAACGGGACCCAACAGAGGACGAUGUGGAGAGCAAGAAAAUAAAAAUGGAGAGAGGAUUGUUGGCUUCAGAUUUAAACACUGACGGAGACAUGAGGGUGACACCUGAGCCGGGAGCAGGUCCAGCCCAAGGAUUGCUGAGGGCAACAGAGGCCACGGCCAUGGCCAUGGGCAGAGGCGAAGGGCUGGUGGGCGAUGGGCCCGUGGACAUGCGCACCUCACACAGUGACAUGAAGUCCGAGAGGAGACCCCCCUCACCUGACGUGAUUGUGCUCUCCGACAACGAGCAGCCCUCGAGCCCCAGAGUGAAUGGGCUGACCACGGUGGCCUUGAAGGAGACUAGCACCGAGGCCCUCAUGAAAAGCAGUCCUGAAGAACGAGAAAGGAUGAUCAAGCAGCUGAAGGAAGAAUUGAGGUUAGAAGAAGCAAAACUCGUUUUGUUGAAAAAGUUGCGGCAGAGUCAAAUACAAAAGGAAGCCACCGCCCAGAAGCCCACAGGUUCUGUUGGGAGUGCCGUGACCACCCCUCCCCCGCUUGUUCGGGGCACGCAGAACAUUCCUGCUGGCAAGCCAUCACUCCAGACCUCUUCAGCUCGGAUGCCCAGCAGUGUCAUACCCCCGCCCCUGGUCCGAGGUGGGCAGCAGGCGUCCUCGAAGCUGGGGCCACAGGCGAGCUCGCAGGUCGUCAUGCCCCCACUCGUCAGGGGGGCCCAGCAAAUCCACAGCAUUAGGCAACAUUCCAGCACAGGGCCACCGCCCCUCCUCCUGGCCCCCCGGGCGUCGGUGCCCAGUGUGCAGAUUCAGGGACAGAGGAUCAUCCAGCAGGGCCUCAUCCGUGUCGCCAAUGUUCCCAACACCAGCCUGCUCGUCAACAUCCCACAGCCCACCCCAGCAUCACUGAAGGGGACGACAGCCACCUCCGCUCAGGCCAACUCCACCCCCACUAGUGUGGCCUCUGUGGUCACCUCUGCCGAGUCUCCAGCAAGCCGACAGGCGGCCGCCAAGCUGGCGCUGCGCAAACAGCUGGAGAAGACGCUACUCGAAAUCCCCCCACCCAAGCCCCCAGCCCCAGAGAUGAACUUCCUGCCCAGCGCCGCCAACAACGAGUUCAUCUACCUGGUCGGCCUGGAGGAGGUGGUGCAGAACUUACUGGAGACACAAGGACCUCACUGUGGGAGGGACUUUGAGCCCUGCUGGAGGCAUCUCCUGACACCUCCCAGAGCCCCCAGCCUCGUGCCAUGUCUGGUUCUGGCGCCGCUCACACUGGCCAUGGGUUGGAUGUGUGCAAGGAGAUGUGCCGUUGUCACCAGAGCAUCAGGCAGGAUGUCGGCCACCACUGUGCUGUCCCGGGAGCCCUACAUGUGUGCACAGUGCAAGACGGACUUCACUUGCCGCUGGCGGGAGGAGAAGAGCGGCGCCAUCAUGUGUGAGAACUGCAUGACGACCAACCAGAAGAAGGCGCUCAAGGUGGAGCACACCAGCCGGCUGAAGGCCGCCUUUGUGAAGGCGCUGCAGCAGGAACAGGAGAUUGAGCAGCGGCUCCUGCAGCAGGGCACGGCCCCUGCACAGGCCAAGGCCGAGCCUGCUGCCGCCCCACACCCUGCGCUGAAGCAGGUCAUAAAACCCCGGCGUAAGUUGGCGUUCCGCUCAGGAGAGGCCCGCGACUGGAGUAACGGGGCUGUGCUACAGGCCUCCAGCCAGCUGUCCCGGGGUUCGGCCACGACGCCUCGAGGUGUCCUGCACACGUUCAGUCCGUCACCCAAACUGCAGAACUCAGCCUCAGCCACAGCCCUGGUCAGCCGGACCGGCAGACAUUCCGAGAGAACUGUGAGCGCCGGCAAGGGCAGCGCCACCUCCAACUGGAAGAAGACGCCCCUCAGCACAGGCGGGACCCUUGCGUUUGUCAGCCCAAGCCUGGCGGUCCACAAGAGCUCCUCGGCCGUGGACCGCCAGCGAGAGUACCUCCUGGACAUGAUCCCACCCCGCUCCAUCCCCCAGUCAGCCACGUGGAAAUAGUGCGAGCCAGGCCCCGUGGAAGACGGGCUCCCUCCUCCCCCACCUGGCCCCCAGUCUAGAAGGAUCCACUGCACCACCCUCCGCUGGCUCGGGAAGACACCGUGCCUGCCCCAAGAGCAAGCACCGGCCAUGCUGCAGAGGCGAGACCUCAAUUCUUGGCUGCAAAGUUUCAUCAGGGCUGGGGGGCUGGUGCCGCCUCAUAGGCAGACGAGGAUCAUCGCUGGGGGACCUUUCCCGUGGGCUUUCUUCCUUUCUCUCUUUGCCUUUAGUUUGCCCGACACCAGCAGAAAAGUGGACCUUGGCGGGGGCUGGUUCUGCUCCUGGCCCCCUUGUUCGGCCCCUGCCGGCACACGGGCGGCUCACCCUGGACACUGUGACGCACAUGGGCAAGGCCAGCGCCCGGGGGUUCUGAACCAAGUGGGGUGUUUUGUUUUUUUGCUUUUCCCUGUCUUAGGCUCCCAAUUUUUGACUGCCUUCCCAUGGCGAUCUACAAGUUGAAAGAUUUUUUUUUUAAUCACCUCAUGAUGAUGGAGUUAAAAGUAAACCGUGCAGACCCUGGGGUCCCUGUUGUGCGCUGCAUCGUCCCGCUGGCCCUGUGCCCUAUGCCCUGGAGGGUGGGCGGCUCAUGGUGCCACAGCCCCUGGCAGGGACGGCCGGCCCGCCCCGGUGACUGACUGACAGAUGCAGGGAUGGCCGAGGCAGCCCUCGCUUCAGCCGAACGCCUCCAUUGCUGUUUGUUCUGGAGACCCCCGCCCCCGGACCUCCCAGACUUAGUAGAAGAACAAACUGAAGAACAGACCCAGCCAGAGAAGCAGGGAUUCCAGAAGCUGUCCAUGAAGGGAGAAGGAGAGGAUCCAGUCGGCAGUAGCCCCGAGCAGGAAACUGGAGGGGGGACUGUUGCGGGGUUUUUCUGUUGUGGUUUAUUUUAUUAAAUUUUUUCCUUUUUUCUAUUCAUUUCGACGGACGCAAUCUUAAGCCACCCUGGCCUUGCUCCUAGGAGGUGAGCAUGCACAGGUGUGUGCAGGUCAGGAGGUGCCGUCCAGGUGUGCGGCGAGCCGCUGCACACACAUGUCAGGAUUUCCAUUUGGGUCUAGUUUAGAACCUGUCCUUAAACCUAGGGGUUGCUGUCAGGAUUUGCUUUCAGACUUUUUUUUUUUUGUAAUUCCCUUUAGAGUCUACAAAAAUGUUUUUAAAAGGAUCAGGUCUGCUUUUAGUUUCAUUUUUGUUUCUUUCCCGUCCCACUCUUUAAAAACUGGUUCCAUGAGGAAAGGCAGAAGCCGUUCCGUGUCUCCUGCAGGCUGGGCCGGCUUCAUGCCAGUGCGAGGGCGUCCCAUGCCCACGUACAUAUGUGUGUCUCCAUGAGGACUGGGUUCCACUGGUCCCAAUUGAGCUCAAGCCCUGGUUUUCCGACCCAUGCAGUUAGGGACUUUAAAAAUUUUUUUUGUAGGGCCACCGCCUUCAAACACAACUGCUACAACCACAUUCUAAUAAAGGCUCAUUUAACCCCCAGGCUCCUGUCGUGUGAAUAUCCUCAGUCUGCAGGAAACUUUUUUGACACACCAUAGAAAACCUAGUUUUGGAAAACAUUAUCUAAUUUUUUGUUGUGCAAAUCCCCAAAUUUCUCACUAAUUUUUGUUUUUUUUGUGCAUAACUUGGAUGGGCUGAAGGAGGUGAGGACAGAUUGGGGAAGGGUGGCUUUCAUUCCAAGAUCCAGGGAUUUGGAGAAAAGGAAGGAAUUUGAUGUUUUUUGGGGUGGGAGGGGAGGGUGUGUUUUUUACACCAAAAAAAAAAAGUAUGCAAACAUUUCUAUUCCUCGCAUUUUUCUGUGUGCCUGGCAAAUAAAUACCUGUCUCCUACGACCCUGAGCUGUUAGCCCUCUCUGUUCCAUGACAGGGGCCAGAUCUUCCAGCUCCUCCCGGAAGGAGCACCCAGGCUGGCUUCUUCCCACUGAAAGCCCUCCCCGGCGAACCAACCUCAGUUCUAUGCAGUGGCUGGGGAUCAGGCAUCCAGGCCGAAGUCACCUCUGCCUGCUCCAGCUUGGGUCAGCUGGGUCUGACCAGGGGGCCAGAUCCGAGCCGCACCCACCGGCCCCCAGCCCCAGCUCCAGCUCCUGACCUCUCCCAGCCUGGCCCGGCUGUUCCUCCAGGGCUGAUGGCUGUCAACCCAUCCUUGUGAGUUCAUAUGGACUGCUGCCCCUUGAAAGGGAGAGGGUCAGCCCCAUGUCCCCAGGGAGUACUCCAUCAGGGACAACGUACAUACUGUGAUGUAAACUUUUUUUUUUUUUUCAGGGGGCAAAAGUGUGAGAUGCCUUAAUCUUUCCUUCAUUUCUGCUGUCUUGAACACUCUAGCCCAUUAUUUCCUUUCAGUUCCUUGCAGCAUAACCUCUAUGAUAAGCCCCAAGCGGGUUGUUGUAUUAUGACAUUUAUGAUGUUCCAGGUGAAGGCAUUAUUAAGUACCUCUCUGGGUGUGGGGUUUGGACGCACCAGGAUAGCUAUUGAUUGAUGUUAAGGGUGUUCUACCUGCAGCAAAGCACACCCUCAAAACCGGCCACUGCCUGGGUCCUGAUCCCGAGAGCCCUACCAGGAUCAGGUUCCUGCAAGCCGUCAGAAUGUGGGAGCCCCCAGUCCAACUGAUUGUAACUGUCCCCUGUUAUCUGUGACAUGAACCUCCAACAGCACCUGGAAACCGUUCCUUCUGUCAGCUGCUCUGUAGACAGGGCAGGGGAGAUCUCAGAGUUCACACCUUGCCUGUUGUAGGGGAGGUGGGGGGUAGGGUUUGGAAUGGCCAAGUGCCCUUGGAACCUCCCACAGCUAUGGCCAUCCUGACCUCAUCCCAGGAACUCCACGGUGACAUCAGGAACCACCCCUCUGACGAGGUCUGUAGCAGCCCUUCUCAGGGUGGAACAGCCCACAGUGCUAGUGGCGCCUGGUCUUAACCUGUACUCCACGGACCUCGGUGAAGCAAAAGCUUCAGAGCAGAGGAAAUGAGGCGACCCGGUGGCAGCCCCGCUGGGCCCCGUGGCUCCCACUCUCCUAUUGGACGUAGAGGCAGGGGAGAGACUUCUCUAUACAAAUAUUCUCAUCACAGGGGUCGCCAUCACAGAAGGGAUGAUCCUUGCUGCUCUGCCGUAGGGUUUUUGAUGCUGAGCUAUGCUGCACAUGACGUUAACCUAAAUAACUUGGACUGAGCUUUCAAAAAAGGACAGCAGACAAUUUUAUAAUCCUUAAAGUGUAAUAGACAGUUACACUAGUGCAGGGUAUUGAGGGGGGGCUCUUCGGGGGUGGAGGCUGUCACUUGUAUUUAUUGUGACUCUAAAUCUUUGAUAGUAAAACAAAUGUAAAAAGGAAUGUUUGCCACCAGAUGGGAAUCGAAGUUCCAAUAAGCAGGCUGGAAUGGGUGGCUAUACGUUGUAUCAUGAGGAAGUUUUAGACUCUGAAGGAUAAUAAAUGGAUGAUGUGUCAA